UGAAAGAUGGUCGACGAUUUUGAAGGGAAACAACAACAACACGGUUCUACAACUGCUACUACAAAUGUCAAACGGGCCACUAUACUAAACGACAGCAUUCGUAACAAUGAGUAAUAUCUACAUUCAGGAGCCAGCCACAGAAGGCAAGGUCCUCCUAGUUACAAGUGCUGGCGAUUUCGACAUUGAAUUGUGGUCUCGAGAGGCUCCUAAGGCCUGUCAGAAUUUUGUCCAGCUAUGCUUAGAGGGAUACUAUAAUGGAACAAUAUUUCACAGAGUUGUUCCUGGUUUUAUUGUCCAGGGUGGCGACCCCACUGGUACAGGGGAGGGAGGAGAGUCAGUCUAUGGGAAGCCUUUUAGGGAUGAAUUCCAUUCCCGACUCCGUUUCGUGCGCCGAGGCUUGGUUGCCAUGGCCAAUGCUGGUCCCAAUGAUAAUGGGUCUCAAUUUUUCUUCACCCUUGGUCCCUGCCCAGAACUUCAAAACAAGCAUACAGUUUUUGGUAAAAUCACUGGUGAUACUAUUUACAAUUUACCAAGAUUUGAGGAAGGUGAAAUUGGGAAGGAUGAUCGACCAGAAUAUCCCCAUAAAAUUGUCAAGACAGAGGUAUUGAAUAACCCGUUUCCAGAUAUUACUCCUCGAAUGAAAAUUGAAAAUGAGAUUCCCAGAGAGGAACGAAGGAAAAAGAAGAAGGGUACCAAAAAUUUCAAGUUACUUUCCUUUGGAGAUGAAGCUGAGGAAGAAGAGGAGGAAGUUCUGGCGGCAACCAAAAGUUUUACAACUAAAGGGAACUCUGCUCAUGACAUUGCCAUGGAUCCUACACUUUCUGCCAGCACUGGGAAUAAAAAAGAAGGAAGUGCUAGUGAAGCAAUUUCAGUACUGAAACAAGAGGUAGUUGAAGAAGACACAGAAGGAAAGGAGAAUGAAGAUACCGGUAAAGAAGAUGAAAAAGAAGUAAUCAAGACAGCUGAAAUGUUAGAAGAGGAGAAAAAAAUUAAAAUGGAAGAUGUUAAAGCACAGAUUAAACAGCUGACGAAGGAACUGAAGGGGAAAAUACUGGAAGCUGAAGAAAUUGUUGAAAAAAAGGAAGAAGAAGAAGAAGAGAGUGACAGCAUUAGAGAAUAUAAGUUAACCAAAGCGAAGUAUGAAGAAGAGAGAAAGAAACUUCCACGUAAAGGAACCACAAGGGAGCAGCAAACCUUAGCGCUUUUACAAAGGUUUUCAGCAAAGGUUGCUGGAGCUUUCAAUGCUGGGAGUGACAGUGAUGAGGAGAAGGAAACAUACACCAAUGAUGAUGAUGAUGAUGACUCAUGGAUAAGACACAAGUUCCACUUUGAGGAUGCAGCUCCUGUAUUAGCAAGAGAUGCAAGUACGAAAGAUGAUAAUUGGUAUGACAUGAAUGAUCCAAGAAAUCCCCUGAACAAAAGAAGACGAGAUGAACUUCCCAAGUCAAAGAAACCAAGAAACUGAGUUGGCGUAUCUCAGUUUAGUAUUGUUUAUCGACAGACUUUAUAUCAUAUAUAGUUAUUAAAAAAAAACUAAUUGUAGUACAUGUUAUUACCUUCCUAAUUCAUGGUAAAUCGUUUCUACAAUUAGAAAAUAGAGAAAUUUUGUCUUUUAUAUUCCUGUUGGCCAGAUAUAUCAGUUUUAUUUUUCUGAAAAGUUACAAUUCUUGCAUAUGUGGCAUAAUCUGAUGUUCCUGUCAAGUGGGAAUACAGAGGCACAGACUGGAAAUAGAUAGGCAGAGUAAUUAAUGUUGUAUACCCAAAAUUAUGAUGAGUAAUUUUUCAGCUUUUGAAAAGAAUGAAUAUUGUCCAAGAUACGUUUUAAAUGUUGUAAAAAGGAUGUAUUGAGUAUAAAAGUUGUUCAGAGGCAGAUACACCUGGAUUUAGAGAUGCACUGAAUUUUCAAGUAAUAUAAUUCUACAAGAAUAUAGACAGCGCCUCAGUGGCGUGGUUGGUUUGGUGUUCGCUUCUCAACUCGGUGGUCGCGGGUUCGAUUCUCGGCCAUUCCAUUGAGGAGUGAGAGAUGUGUAUUUCUGGUGAUAGAAGUUCACUCUCGAUGUGGUUCGGAAGUCAUGUAAAGCCGUUGGUCCCGUUUCUGAAUAACCACUGGUUCCAUGCAAUGUAAAAACACCAUAAAAACAAACAAACAAGAAUAUAGAUGGGAAGAGAUUAACAUUUACAAGCAGUCAGCAAAACUUCAAAGGUGAUUACUGUUAUGACCAAAUCGUGGGCUUUCUGAUCCUAUAGUUUAAUUGUUUCAACUCCAGGAGUAAACUUUUGUGUUACACAGGCUGUUGUGUUUCAUCUCAUAGAUUAUCUGCUUAUUUUACUUUGUUGCUUAUGUUAUUGUUUUAUAUACUUUUUGUUAUUCUCUUUCAAAGUUUAUUCUUUUCUUGCCAGUUUUAUUAUCUGCUCUGGGUUGCUUUCUAUUUUUAGGCUAUUGUGUAUGUAUAAUUUGGACUGUUUCUGAUUGUCCAAGUAGGACUGCAGCUUGCAUUUGUAUUAACUAUAAUGGUAUCACUAUACAUCAUCAUCAUCAUGAACCUUUAGGAAGUUAAACAUGAAAUGAGUUAUGUAUUUUCACUCUCCUCUGUCCUGUGUGAUUUCUGCAUGAACAUCAGUUGGGUGUAGGUCUUCAUUUAUCUUGUUUCCAAGGUUUCUUAGGCCUUCUCAUGAGUCUUCAUCUUGCUACUUCCAUAUCAUCAAUAUGCCUCUCUCUCAUUCAUAAUCUUCCCGCCUAUUAAAUUUUAAUGGCACCUUUUCAAAAUCCUCUCCAUUGCCUUUUUCAUUGCUGUUUCUACUGCAUACAGUAAUACAGCUGGUUUGUACCAAACAUAAGCAUUUGGUCUUUCUGCUAAUUGGUAUUUUUAUACCUGUAGCUUAACUAUCUCUAAUUUCUCCUUGUUGCAGCCAUUUUUCAUAGUGUCUUUUAAGUCUUGCUUCACAGACCAGCAUUGUAUCUUUUGGUAACACAGUUGCUCUUUGUCCUGUAAUCAUGAGCAUCUCUUAUGACACCAUCUGUUAAAUGCGGUACACACAGUAUUGAGUUCAGCCCCACAUUUUUCCCACAACAGCUUCAUAGCCACUUUCCUGAAUAGUUUCUCCUUUGCUUUCUCUUUGGUCACUAUAAUUUUUAGUCUCCUCCUCUUUAUUCCCACUCCUCUACUAAUAUAAAAAUUCUUCAGCCUUUAAAUAGAGUAAAUGUUGUAUUAAUCAGAUAACCAAAUAGUGAUGAGUAUGGCUAAAGUAAAAAGCAAUUGUUUGCACUUUAUACGAUUACCAUACAAAUUCAAAUAUUGUUGACAUACUAUAAUGAGGAAAAUGAUGAUGGGUUUUGGGUAGGAAUUAGAAAAAGAUUCAUACAGAGCUAUAGGACUUAGUUUGCACAUGCAGUAAAACUAGAAAGGCUGUUUUCUUGUGUGUAUGUGAGCCAGUAACUCUUCUUUAUCAAUAUGUCACACUAAUACUCCAGUAACCAUUGUUUACACCUGUUUGUAGUUAGUUACCGACUUGAAUAUUCACUGUUCUCUUUUUUGUCAGAUGCAAACGUAUGAGUUUCUGUUAACUUGUGCAGACCUAACUGAAAAUACUGUAAAUGUAUAUUGAACUAUGGAAGAUUAUUUAAAUUUGGAUGGGUAAAGAAUUAGGUUAGUGUCAGUAGAGUACAACAUCCUAGUUACCACGAGUUUUGAUUAAAUUUCAAUUUAGUCUUGCCAUGUUUUUCUAUUUGUUUUAAAGUAACAUAGCUAUCUUCAUAUUUUUUGGUAAUACGAGUUAUUAAAAAAUGUGUCGCCUUAUCUAUGUAUUGUCAAAUAACAUUUAGGGGAGAUUCUAACAAAAUUUUUUGUUUUAUCAGAAUGAGAGACAUAACGAGUAAUGAUAGUUAAUGUUAGUGUGAAAGUAUUACUGAUGUUGAGACACACAAUUAUUAUUUUUGUAAAACAUACUGGUAAAAAAAUGACAGGUGGUUGAUUUUUUAUAAUAGCAUCCAUUAUAUGCAGCGAUUGUAAUAUUUUGAAAAUUUAAUUUUUAGGAACAA